AUGUCAGAACGAGUCUCGACUGCCCUAGCCAAAAUAAUACAAAACAACCCAUGGAUGAGCCAAGUAGCAGGUAUCCUGCCCUUAUCAGCUCUAAUCGAUUUCAUCGACAUUCCCGUCAAGAUCCAUACUCUACAAGUAACCGGCAGCUGCCCACUCUGGUCCUGGGCCAUCACCCCGUCAGGCAGUCGACUACUCCUCUCCAGCGACAGCAAUCCCAACAACAAGACCCCCAUUCUGGAUCAAUACGGCAACAGCAUCAGUCUUACCGGGAUCGACGGCCGAUUCGGCGACCUCUACCUGCUCCCGAAUCCAGAAACAGUCCGGACAUGCAUCAGCUCGCAAUCCGCGCACCCUAUCCCCAACAAGCACGCGAACAUGGAGAAACCAAGGCAGGAACUUCGUAUCCAAGAUCUCGAAAUCCUCCACGUCCAACGCUUCUCUCCCAACUCCACCACCCAACAACCAUGGCCAUGGUCAUUCCUCACCCGCUUCUCCCCCCGCUACAUCACCACCAGCCUCCUCGGCUACCUCAGCCUCAUAUGCCUCAUAAUCCUCGCCAUCUUCUCCAGUUGCUACCUCGCCGUAGCCUUCCUCCUGCUAAUGCCCCUAUCCGGCGCCAUCGUGACCCUCACCCACGGCGACGGUCCCCGCCGCCUCCUAAACAGCGACGCCAUGACCUCGCCAUACAACCGACUCGUCAUCGUCGCCCAAAACACCAACUCAAGUCACUGGACAAUCUUCUACGGCGAAAGCACCCUAGUCAACUGCCUCGUGAACCGCCAUCUCGAACCCGAUGAAACCCACACACUCCUUUCAUCUUUCUCACCACUCUCCACCCAAAUACUGAAAAUGCUCCUCCGACUCCUAAUCCUAGCGCAAUGGGCCCUCGCCAUCGCGACAGCAACAACACAGGACUGGAACGCCUUCUACAUCUGCUUCUGGAUAGUAUUUUCCAUCUUCGCGCACGCGUACCUUAUCCCCCUUCGUACGGAGAUUCGUCGCUGGUUAAUGGCUUCCGCGAGGAUACGUCUGUGCAGGUAUACUACGCAACUGAGUUCGAGGCGUGCGUUGCUGAAUACGGUUAUUGCGUUGAAUCCGGAUACAUUCCCUGUUGGGAAAAGCGUGUCUGAGAAGGAGGGGGGAAGUGAGUCGGGGGAAUCUACUUCUACUGCUACUACGUAUGUUGAGAAUGAUACGAGCAGGCUAUGUCCCGGAGCGAUGAAGGCUCUUAACCCAAUCCUGGAGCCGAGUGAUCAGCGCUCACUGUGGGAGGAAGCCACUCGUCAGGCGAUGAUGCUGUGUGAGGAUGUGCCGGUGGAGGAGCGGGUUAGGGGUCUGAGUAGUUCUGACGGGGGAAAUCUGCUCGGUAAGGAGUGGAAUGAGCAAUACGGGGGGUGUUAUUGGAUGUCGUAUAUUAGUGAGGGGAUUUAUAUGGCGGCGAAUAUUAGGAGCCAGGCUGGGUUGUCGGGGAGGAUGGUGGGAGGGAGUGGUGUUUAG